AGCAGGACGCUAUUUGAGACUGAGCCCAACGCUGAAAGCGGAAGCUUCCGGUAGCAUGUUAGCCAUAAGUCAGCUUUUUCUUUCAUGGCUUAACUUGUCAAACCCUCAUGUUCAGACGCGCCUUCCUCUCUGGCCUGUUUUAUCGACGUGGUUUGCCGUUAGUGGACAAUAACGCUGCUGUUCGGCGCUUUUAUAGGAGGAUGGAGCGCGCAGUUGUGCGGUGUGUGCCCUGGGAGUCCAAGCUCACUAUUUCUUUCACCCUCGAUGGCAGCCACAAACACAUGCUGAGGGACCAGACAGAGGAGCUGGGUAAGGUGCUCGCUCGGAUAUCCAACAGUAUUAUCAAGGCGCGGGGAAAGGGGAAGAAGGCGAAGGCGAGCAAAGCCGGCGAGGCUGCCGCGGACGUGUCCGAGGAGCCGGUGGUUCGGCUUUAUUUCAACGGAGACUUCGUGUCUGAAGACUCCCUGAACUCUGACGCAUGGCAGGACGGGGCAGAGCUGCAGGUCGGAGAAACCAGGUACAAAAUUGAACGGAAUCCUCCCACUUUCACCACAGCCGAGCUGCCUGCGUCCCUCCUGGCUGGCUUUCCAGUUUGCCCCAAGCUGGAGGUGGAAUUCGGGGAUCUGAAGGACUCCACGUUUACGUGGUAUAAAGAAAGCUCUCCUAAUGCGCAUGCGCCUGGUCAGGAUGGCUGCUGGGUGGAAGCUGGCAAUGAGCGGGUCUUCAUUCCAUCCAAUCUGGACAUUGGCUUGAGGCUGAAGUUGAAGUGCACUCCUGGAAAUGAGUCCAGAUAUGGAGUGGCCAAAGAGCUGGUGUCUCCAGGCACUGUGGAGGCAGGACCAGGGGUCUGCACCUUUGACAACAGACACAUGUACACAAAGAAGGUCACAGAUGCCUCCACGGUCAGAGUUGUGUCCUACAACAUCCUAGCUGACAUCUACGCUCAGACCGAGCUUUCCAAAACGGUCUUGUACCCGUACUGUGCUCCGUACGCACUGGAGCUAGACUACCGCCAAAGCCUGAUCAAGAAGGAGCUUUCUGGAUACAAUGCUGACAUCAUCUGCCUUCAGGAGGUGGACAAGGGAGCUUUCAGCGACAGCCUGUCACCUGCGCUUGAUGCUUUUGGCAUGGACGGUGUCUUCAGGAUAAAGGAGAAGCAGCACGAGGGGCUGGCUACCUUUUACAGGAGGUCCAAGUUCAAGUUAAUAGGCCAGCAUGACAUAAUGUUAAGCGAGGCCUUAAUGAAGGACGCUGUCCAUAGCAUGUUGCUUGAGAAAGUGUCCAGCAACCCCACUUUGAAAGAGAAAGUGGUGCAAAGAUCAACGACUUUGCAGGUUACUGUGCUGCAGUCAUUAAGUGAUCCAUCGAAGACAGUGUGUGUUGGGAAUACGCAUCUCUACUGGCACCCUAAAGGUGGAAAUGUCAGGUUAAUACAGAUGGCUGUGGCCCUUAAGCACCUGAAGCAAGUCUCAGAAGAACACCCUGGGACACUGCUGUUCUGUGGUGACUUCAACAGCACGCCCUCUUCAGGACUUUUCCAACUACUCAGUCAAGGUUCCUUACCAGAGGACCACAGUGACUGGGCAUCUAAUGGGCCUGAAGAGCUCAUCCAGAUGGAGCUUCUCAGCCCCUUUCAGUUGACUAGUGCAUGUGGCGAACCAGCCUACACUAACUACGUUGGAGGCUUUCAUGGCUGUCUGGACUACAUUUUCAUGGAGCCUGAGGCUUUGCAGGUGGAGCAGGUUAUUCCCCUGCCUAGCCAUCAAGAGGUCACCACCUACCAGGCACUACCAAGCGUCUCUCACCCAUCUGACCACAUAGCUUUAGUCUGUGACCUCAAUUGGAAAUGAGGUUGCAUUGCAAUCUUGGCUUUGGUUUUGCUGAUGAAGAUAUGUAGGUCGAGCUUUGAUGUGGAGCUCACAUUUUCAACAGUAACGUGUUCACUUUAGAUGUGACGAAUGAUGAAGUGGCUGCUUGGGUAAUUGUGUUAGUUGGGGGUUACGUAGGCACUGAUUUGUACUAACGACAUAUCAGUAGUUUAAAUUCUCAAUACAUCUGCUAUUGCCAGUGCAUAAAUUGAAUCAACAUUAAUUCAGAUCCUGAAUGCUCUGAAAUCUUAUACUGACAGCGUGCCACUCAAUCAGCAAUGCAGUCACUAAAACUGGCAUAUCUUCAUUAAACAGUAUUUAAACGUU